AUGGCUCAAUCUUUGAGAUUACCAAAUUUAAUAAUUCUUGCUAGCAGUUCGAUUAAUAGAAUAAAUCUCCUAAAACAAAUUGGAGUAAAUCCAAUAGUGAUUCCACCAGAUUGUGAAGAAAAUUUAAGCAAAAAAUUACCUCCAGAACAAUAUGCAAUGGAGACAGCUAAUAUUAAAAAUGAUUGGGUUUAUAAUAAAUUAAUACAGGAAAAGAAAGCAUUUGAUGUAAUUAUUUCUUGUGAUACAAUUAUUGUAAUGAACAAUGAAAUAAUUGGUAAACCAGUUGAUUUAAAUAAUGCUAGAGAAACUCUUGAAAAAUUAAAUGGAAAAACUCAUCAAGUAAUUACAGGGGUUGUUUUAAAAUAUAGUACAGGAAAAUUGGAGAAAUUUUAUGUUAAAAGUAAUGUCAUGCAGGAAGUUAUGCCAUUCAAAAAAAAGGUGCCAUUUUAA